UCCUCCUCUGUAUCUCCCCAUUCUCUGGCUCAGGCCAGCUCUCUCCGAUGAUGUCGAUUGGCUGCCUGCGGUCGUCCCCGGAGACGACUGAACACCUCCUGAAUGAGGAGGACCUUCGCUACGUCUCCAGGAAGCCGAGCGCGGAGCCUGGGGGCACACAGCUGGGGGAGACCCUCAAACCCGAACCCCCGACCCCAGAGCUCCCUGGAGAUGGGCCGGGACAGGGGAAACCGCGCAGGAAAGACACGCCCAUCCUAAACCCUCUCCCGCUCGUCCCAGGCGUGAGACAGUUGAAAGGAGAAAAACAUGUGAUUCACCAAGAAGAUGAAGAAAAAGAAGAGAAGAACUAGAAAAAACUUCUACUUCUCUUCAGACGUUUUUUUUUUCCUGUUGAGGCUGCUUGACUUCCAGUGCUAGUUAUCUGUACCUGGAUGUUUAAAAAGGGGUUCCUAUUGGUUCUAUCUACUGUGACCCCACCCCUUAUUAAAAUAAAACCUAAGUUCUGUUCAAA